AUGUCUGGUUCUAGAGGCGCUCAGUGCAGUGAGGUGAGUCAAGUAGUAAAGAAAUGGAGCAAAUUGGAUCAUGCCAACUAUGUCCUCUUGGUUCUUCUUUCUCCUCUUGGCAAUAGCUCAAUUGCAGACAAAGACACACAAUGCAGGGCUCGACUCACAUGGAUUCCGCCAGUGAUGGAAAAUAUGGAGGCUCCCACUUAUAGAGUUUUCUACUUUCAUGAUGGUGCGCUCUCAAUGACAAUAACCUCUAAUGUUCAAUUGGAAAUUCCUAUCAAUGAGAGCGACACUAUGAUCAGAGCAGUGGUGAGAACUGUUACCAAAUCUGAGAAUUGGACAGGUGAAUACAAAGUGGAUCCGAAGGAAUGCAAAUUCAACUCAAAACGAAGUAAUGACUGCAUUUUUCGUGUUAUUUUAUCUUUUUAA